GACAAAAGACAAGAAAUUGCUUGAGUGGACAGUCUGCUGAAAAUAGACCAAAGCGUACAGAAAAUAGAUCAGCCUACAGAAGCUGAGAGGAGUCACACAACCGGAUUAGUUACUGAUUGAAGCAACAGAGACAAGUCUCAGAGGUGGCUCUUCUCAUCUGACUUUGAGGGCAAUGGAGGCGAAGAAGUGGAGAGACACUGAUGAUGUGGAAGACGACAACAAUGAUGAUGAUGUGAUGCAUUUCGGAGAGCUGGAAGGAGAAAAUGUUCAGGUGGUUUUAGGACCACAGAUGGAGAUCCUGGAUGUGCUGGAGGUGUCUGAUGAUGAUAAUGAUGAAGAAGCAGAACGGAGACGGGUUGACCUCUUCGCUGCUUGUCAAAGCAACAUGUCAGAGGUGGUGCAGGGGCUGCUGAGGACCGACGCUGACCUGACGCUGUGUAACCACAGACAGCAGACCGCGCUGCACAUCAGCCCACCUGAGCUCCAGGAGAAAAUGGUGAAGUGGAUGACGAGGCCCCAUCUGCCUGCACAGGAGCAGCUGCUGCAGGCUGCCUGGCAGGGUCACCUGGGCUCUCUGAGGCAGCUGCUGUCUCAGACAGACAGUGUGGAUGUGAACAUUCCCAAUGGUGAUGGAGCAACAGCAGUAAUCCUCGCCGUCAGAGAUGUCGACCUAUUUCAGGGCAUGGUGACGUGGUUACCAUGGGAACACAACCCUGUGGAGGUGGUCAAGGAGCUUCUUGUGUCGUCAGCUGAUUUGCAAACUCGAGACCACAACGGCUGCUCUGCCCUCCACUACGCUGCUAAUCUCAGCAGUCAUCUGCUGGAAGAGAUUGUUCCAGUUCUGAUCGAGGCUCUGGGUCACACAGAGGCUGAUUCUAAAUCCUUGUCGGAACUUGAGAAAUACUUGUUCCAGGAUUUGGACUUUGGAGAUUCAGACACAGAGCAGGAUGCUGAGAGCCUUUUUCAUCAUCAUAAAGCAAGAAGACAUCAACUCAGCGACCAUUCUCACAGCCAUAGCAGGGCAUCUCUGCAGACUUCAGGGAGUCUCCCUCAAUCUGACAAGAAGGAGUUCAGCCAAGAUAAGGGGAUUCCCACCUGUUCCCAAAACGCCAUGGAAACUCUGAAAAGUCCUGGACGAGCCAAUCAGGACGCAAGGAGAGGCAGCAGAGGUUUGUGUCUACCUAGCUUGUCCAACAGUCAUAGACAUAGUGACCAUUCAGAUGCUCUACUGUCAUCUGGGUUUCUGAGUACCAGAACCGGGUUUCAGCUUGUACCCCCCAGACAAAGGCAGAGGACAAGAAGUGUGGCUGAAGUCUCUCCACCUUCCCAUAGUCUGCUUUGUGUGCCAGAGUCCAGCCAACUCAGCCGAUCGGCCCCAAGCAUCAUGGAACCACUCCUGUGCCCCAACACCAUGAUGCAGGCCAGAGCGCACAUUCAGACCAGACUGAGCUCUCAAAGUACGUUAAAUGAUCAAAGGGGUCCUUUGCCAGCUUUCCACUCCCACACACCCAAACUUCUGGUGCCCAUUGAGGGUCGCCCAAGACAUAUCAAGGCUCUGCCACCGCUGAAACCACAUGUUCCUCUAAGGCCAAUUAGCCGGAGCCCUUUUUGCAGCAGAAAUGAACUGAGACAAGAGAGGCAGUCUUGGGGCAGCUCAUGCAGUGGUCCUUCAAAGGCUGGUAGUGAGGAAAGUGGAUCCAACAGCAGCAGCCAGAGUUCCAUCAACUUGGAAAAUGAAGAUGAUUCUGGACAAAUCCAAGAAACAUCUAAUAAGGACAGAAAUCUGAAAUUUGUAAAAGAUAGAACGUUGCAGAAUUCAAAUGACAGAAUUGAAUUGGAGGCAGAUUUUUUUGGAGAAACAACGCGACAUGUCAAAGCGAAACUGUGCUCAUUGGUCAACCGAUCAAUACAUGACAUAGAAAGAGAACAUGUCAAUUGUACUAAUCCUCCACCAGUAGAAAAAACGGAUUCACACCAUCAAAAGGAGGCCAAUAAGAGUGAAUGUGUAAAAGAAUGUAUCCACUUUGAGAGUAAUAAAAUGUCAGAUGCAUACGUGUUUAGUGAAGUCAAGCGAAAUCCGAACCACACAACUGAGUCAAAGUCUGGAAUAAGCAACAAAACUAAAAAUGAUGCAAAGGGUCUUGUAGAUGAUGCUACUGGUUGUUUUGAAGAAGAUUCUGAAAAUGAACAGAAGGAUCCAGAAAACACAGCGUCAGCUAGAGAUAUUGUCUGUGAUCAAGAAAACAGGGCAGAAGGAAGAGAUUGCAGUGCAGUUAGUGCUGUGGAGAAAACCGGCUUCUUUCCUGUGGAUCCCAAGAAAUACGAGAAGAUGUUUAAAGCUCGGAAUAAAGAGAGUAAAACCAGGAUGAACUUCCACUUGAAGGCAAAAAAUUCAACUAUUCAUUCUCUCAACAAAGAUGCAAGAGUCAUCAGUGGUAACCACUCUAAAAUUAACAUAAAGUACUCUGCCAUUCCCACAGUGGACAAAGACAAAAGCAAGAAAAUUAAAUCUGGAAAUGCAGCUGUCCUCAGUGUGGGUACUCUAACCCCACGUAACAUUUGUGAACCACACAGUAACAAAAUACAUCAGUUGAUAUCAAUGAGAGAGCUAAAAAGUGCUCAGCCAUUGAAGAAACCAGGCUUAGGAGGAAAACCCCCAAGAUCUAAAUCUGCUGUGGACCUCAUCACUUACAGAGACAUGUUUCAGCAGAUACAGAGUGGCAGCGAAGGACCAGCCAUGUAUGAGAUGUUUGCUGGGCCAUUAUUCGAAAAUCUUCGAGUCUCCAGCUCUUGUGAGAAACCUAAAGAGAGACAACUGCAGUGCACGUCAACAAGAAAGACAAAACAAAGCCACAAAGUCAAACAUAAACCAGUACAGAAUAAGCCAAAGAGAAACUCAGUGGAGAGCACGGCUACUUUGACAAAAAGCAAACCAAAACCAAUGUCAUCGCAAAUCAAAACACAGUCUACCACUAACAGCUGCAGAACAGACAAAAACCCUAAACUCGAAGAUGAAACUGAUGAUAUGAAGGAUGUUGAGUUUAGUCGUAAGUCUUCUAAGGAUGACUUUGAAGAUCACAUUUUAUCAACCAUAGUGGAAGCUCUUUCAAAAAAUGGAUCUGAAGCAUUACAACCACAAGAGGAAACUCCGACAGAACCCACAACUCCCCUUUAUGGUGUUGAUUCUAGAAAUCAUAAAACUUCAAGUAAAUCAACAAGAAACUCAGAUAAACAAGAUCCACAGUUGGCUCAGUCACUAGACCCUCUGCAGGCAAACAUCAACACUUGGACGUCUUCAGACAGUACCUGCCACACCCUGAUGUCACCAGUUUACAGGAAGUUUCUGGAUGAGGUGGGGGAGGGUCCGCUGACAGAUGACCUACUGCAAUGUCUGGCAGAAGAGCUGAUCUCUUUGGAUGAGAGGGAUAUUUCUGCAGCUCUUGAAAACUCAGAACAUGGAAAAAAGGAGCUCCAUGGUGAAGAAGAGCAUGUAUCAGGAAAAAAAGCAUCUCCUGAGGUUGCUCGAAAUGACGGCAACACUUACCUCGGAUCGGGGUUGGUUGCAAAUGACACCAUAACAUGGGCUAAGGGUGAAGUGCUCGGGAAGGGUGCCUAUGGGACAGUGUACUGUGGUCUGACCAGUCAGGGCAAGUUAAUAGCUGUAAAGCAGGUUUGCCUGGAUUCGUCUGACCCUGAUGCUGCAAAGAAGGAGUACAGUCGUCUUCAGGGGGAAGUGGAGUUACUUAAAACCCUUCGCCACAGCAAUAUUGUUGGCUUUCUGGGGACAUCCCUUUACCAACAUGUUGUUUCCAUCUUCAUGGAGUAUAUCCCUGGUGGAUCUAUUGCUAGCAUACUUCACAGAUUUGGUCCUCUGCCAGAACGAGUAUUGGCCCUGUACACCCAUCAGAUCCUGGAAGGGGUGGCAUUCCUUCAUCAGAACAGAGUGAUUCAUCGGGACUUAAAAGGAAACAAUGUCAUGUUGAUGCCAACUGGUGUCAUCAAGCUCAUAGACUUUGGUUGUGCACGACGCCUCAGCUGCCUUAACCACACAGCUCCAAACAGUGGAGAGCUGCUGAAAUCCAUCCACGGUACACCUUAUUGGAUGGCGCCAGAGGUCAUCAAUGAAUCAGGUUAUGGCCGGAAGUCAGACAUUUGGAGUGUUGGUUGCACAGUGUUUGAAAUGGCCACAGGAAAACCACCUCUUGCACAUAUGGAUAAAAUGGCUGCCUUGUUCUACAUUGGGGCUAGAAGAGGGUUAAUGCCAUCCCUGCCAGAUGGUUUCUCAGAGAAAGCCAAGGACUUUGUAAAAAUUUGUCUUACAGGUGACCAGAGCGUACGGCCAUCAGCUGACCAGUUAUUGAAACACUCCUUCAUUUCUAAAGGGCACACAAGUAUCAAAUACUGGGAAGCACAGAAAAAGAAAUGUUGUGGUCCAAAAGUGAGUGUUUAAAUUGGGAUAACUGCUGCUCUUAAAUUCAGAGGCAUUAAAUAAUAUCUAAUCAUUUAAGUUCACAGCUCAAAAAUGAAUAUAUUGCGGUAUCAAAACCACUGUGAAUACACUCCAAAUAUAACUGUGUAUAAAUUGUAGAUAUUAUUGUACACUUUCAUUGAUGAAUGUGCCAAUUUAAUAAAAAUUGUGUGUAAAUUAUA